AUGUCCGACACGCGAACAUGCUAUUUCCCCAACGGCCUGCCCGCCCCGGGAACCGUUCCCUGCACAAGCGAUGAAGUCUCCUGGUGCUGCAGCACUGACAAUUUCUGUCUGUCGAACGGAUACUGCAUGGACGUAGCCCAGCCCUACGUUCUCUCUCGCGGAGCAUGUACAAGCGACAGUUGGGCAACGGGGUGUCCGUCGUACUGCCAGGAGCAAGAAUUCGAGACUAUGGGCUGCUCCAUCAUCAACCUCUCCUUCUACGACGGCGUCUCCACGUACUGCUGCGGAACGCCCGUGAUCGAUGGCGAUAGUAUCGUCUGUCCUUACGGGUACGAUGCCUUCCAGCUCCCCGACGCAACCGUUCUCACCGGCCACGCUCUUCUCGCCAAUGUCUCUUCUCUAGCUGCGCCAUCUACAUCUUCAGCACCCAACUCUUCCCCCUCUUUUACUUCUGGGAAUACAACCACCACCGCCUCCUCCUCUUCCUCCUCUUCCUCCUCCGCAAGCACCUCCCACGACGUAGCCCUCGGCGCAGGGCUAGGCAUUCCACUUGGCCUUAUUGCCGUUGUGUCGCUGUUCUGGGCCUUCUGGGAACGCAAACGGGCGAAUAAACUGUCCAAGGCUUUGAUGUCGGCUGCGGCUAGCCCCGGCCUGGAGUCCGGGGGGAGUCCCCAGUCGCGUCUAAUGAAUAAUAGUUCUGGGCCAUCGGAGUUGAGUGCUAAGCGGCCGACUAAUGAAUUGAUGGGGAGGGAGGUGAGGGAGGUGUCUUAUUGA